AUGGGAGGAGGACGCAUUGAUGCACCACCGUAUAAAAGUCCUCCAGGACGACCUAAGCGUAAAGCACGAAUCAAAGGUCUUCAAGAAUCACCACCGAAGAAGAAGGUUAGCCGAGUAGGAAAGAAAGCACAUUGUGGACUAUGUAGUGAGAAAGGACAUAAUUCAAGAAAGUGUCCUGAUGAGUCUUCGGAGAGCAGGGCUAAGAGAAAGAGACUUAACAAGCAAGCUCGAGAGAAAAUUCAAAUGAAAGCUCAAAUAGAAGUGAACAUUUUUUUUUCAACUGCGCCGCAAGGAAGCCAAUUGGCUAGAUUGCUUUUUGGAUAA